CCACGUUAUUUUGUCGUUGUUUAGCUUGGGGGAAAAAGCUGGCUAUCAGCUAGCUAGCUAGCUAGCGGUCCUGUGUUAUUUGUACAUUUUUAUAAUUUUAGCAGCCCGGCUUAACCAGAGUAUCUGGUCCGGGAAUAAAACACGUGCGCUGAUGAAUGUCUUUGAGGGACUACAGUACGUUUCAUGUCGUGUCUACUGGUGAAGAAUAUGGAGGUUGUGGACAGUCCCCUUAACCUCGCCCAUCAGCAGUCCAGGAAGGCAGACCGUUUGCUGGCGGCUGGUAAAUAUGAAGAAGCUAUCUCCUGCCAUGGGACUGCUGUAGAGCUCCUGAGGGAUGCCAUGAAGCUGACAGAGUGUGAACAGGCAUGUCUGUCCAUGGAGCUUCAGAGAGACAGCCACGUUAAGCAGCAGCGGCUGAUCCAGGAGAAAUGGAAGCGGGCCAGGCGAGAGGGCAAACCCAGAGUCCUCCAGAGCCACCCCUCCACAGACCAGCCCCCCGUCCCGGGACUCCACCUCUCCGCGGAGCCCUCCAUCCCUGGACCCCACCCCACCGCGGAGCCCCCACGUGACACAGAGAGGGAGUACGAUACCUGGCUCUACCUCCUGAAGAACAAGGGCUCUGCCCCUCCGCCCGCACCCUGUGCCGGCAGCAAGGCCCAGAAAGACGACAAGACGCGUCUGGAGGAGCAACAGACCACCAUUGACAACCUGCGGCGCCUGGUGGAACACCUGAUGGGCGAGAAUGAGAAACUGGCCCAGGAGAACGAGCGUCUGUCGGUGGAGAACGCUCGGCUGAAGAGGGACGCGGCGGACACGGACCUACUGGAGAAGUCGGAGCUGUGGGUGGUUCCCCAGCCCCAGGAAAGGAAGAAGGACAUCCCCAUCCCUAACCUGCCCCCUCUGGAGAUGCCCACACAGGACAUCUCUCUGGAAGACCUGCCAGCGCUGGAACUCCCCGAAGACAUCCAGCAUGAACUGCAGGAGCUCCUGGAGCAAGACAAUCAGCUGUGAUGGAGCAGUCAGCCGCCCCCGGCCACACCGGGUCUGCCAUUCCGACACUAACAAACGUACUUAUGGGAGCUUCUCUGCAGCCCCUCUGUGUCACUAGAGUGAGAACUGGACCUGGAAGAAAAGAACCGACUCAUCUAAAUGAGUGUUUGGUCGGUGGCCUGAUAGGCAGACGUUAUCACAAGGGGGGCGUGACAUUGGUAAUAAUUCUAAUUUCUCCGGUUCUCUCCUUCUGUCUCCCUGGUGACCGUCUGAUCUGGUUCUCGCACAAGAAAACAUUUUCAUACACAAACACAGAAAAAUACUUGCAGAAAUUGUGCCUUUGAAAAAGGCAGAAACUGGUUGUGUUCGUUAGCAUGUUGUUGAAGUCAGAAGUAAUGACGAUCAUCUGUGACUAUCUAUGCUUUGAUGACAGGCUUUCUCUUUAUCUGAAAGCCCUGACUUGUCAAAUGAGGGCUGGUUAACUGAGUUGUUGACCCACUGGCUGAGGAUGUGACUAGUUGACUAUUUGACUGGUUGUCUAACUAGUAGACCGUCUGGCUGACUAACUGGACGGUGGUUCUCCAUCUUCCUACUAGAGGUCUGUCACUACAGCAGCAGCUCUCGUCAAAGCAAACGCUGUGGUGGGAGGCUGUGAUCUCUCCGGUGAUUUUCUGCCUGGAACCCUGACCCUUCUCUGAACUCUGAACCCUGACCCACCAUCGACAGGGUAAAGAUGGCAUCAUCCCCAGUACGCUGGGCAGGACCCUGCCCGCUACUCAGCGGUGGAAGCUUUUCUCCCAGAACGAGGGACGAAUGAACACUGUGAUCUAUCUUGUCUGUUUGUCUGUCUGUUGGACCUGCAGUUUAAUGUCACCAACAACAAUAGAGCUUGAGGGUUUUUUUUUUUUUUUUUUUUUUUUACUUUCAAGGUAAAUGAUAUAGCGUGUUUGUUCUUGCAAUGCAACAUUUUUCUUUAGCAUAUUUUAUUUUUCUUUCUUAAUAAAUGGAAAUGAGUGUAGAACCUUGUGACUUUUAUUUGCCUUACAGAGGAGGACGCCCAAACACUUCAGGUCACUUUUCCUUUUGGAUGCUAGUUAGUCAAGAUUGUCUUGCUUUUUCAUAGCAAUGUUUCAGUGAGGGGAUCUAGAGCUGCCAAACUCAGCAAUAACAGCUGUCUGCAUUCCCUCCUGGCUUUACCGGUCUCUGGAUACACAGACAGCCAUGGCCAAGGCCUCAGCUGUGCAGCGUUUUGCUCCGUACUGUCUACAUCCAGGACAGGGCCUUCUAAUAGCCACCUUGGACAAAAAGACACGAUUAAACAGCAUCCAAAAAUGGCACCUGAUCAUUUCAUAGGUGGUGCACUACGUUUGACCAGAAACGUAGGGCUUAAGAUGGCAUUGAGGCCGGGCGGCUGUCUGGAGGAGCUUGGAGCCUCUGGCCCGUCCAGCCCAGUUCUAGACCCGUGGGAUGUGAGCUUGGGCAGCAUCACCCUCCAAACCCUGGGUUGACAUCUCUCUACAUGAGUCUCUCUAGUUUAAUUUGUACUGUAAUCACUUGUUGAUUGUGUAACGAAACACACACAAGUUAAUAUUUUCAGGUAUCUUUUAGGUUUGCUUGAUUUCUCUGUUUCAGUACACAGAUAAAUGGAUCUGUCCAAAAUACAUUUGUGAACCUCCAACAUGACAGUAUCAAUCACAGGCUGGAUCAUCUAUUCAACAGAGCAGCAUUAACCUUAAGUAAUCUACCUGUCUGACCCCCCCCCCCUGACUGAUAUCAUAUAAUUCUAUAAUAUGUAUAUUAUAUGAUUAUAUAUAAUUAAAGCUUUGAUGUGAUGCAGCUUAUCUAGGAGAUUAUGUUGUUAUGAAGAGGGAACCAAAUCCACCCAUUUUAUUUAAAGUAAAUCGGGUUUACAACAGUAAUCAGGGUGCAUUAGACUUUUGUGGGGGGGGUUUUGCGUGAUGUGUGUGCUGCCAUAUGAUGAUGAACAUGUAAACUAUGUUUCGGUGAUGCAUGAAUGACAGCGCUGGCUGUGUGUCAAUGACUGAUUAGAUAUUAAAAAAUACUUUUA